AUGUCGGAAGAUAACAAUAACGGAGAUAAUGCGAGACAAUCACGCACAAGAAGUGGCCAGCCAGGCCGGAAGAAUCCCCGCCUUCGCAUGGCCUGUCUCCGAUGUCAAAGACGAAAGAUCAAAUGUGAUGGGGAUUUACCAACGUGUAAGAAUUGCCGUAAUGCUGGUGCUACCUGUACAGAUGGAGAAUCCGCCCGUCUGAAAGACCUACCUCGAGAAUACAUAUCGACAUUAAAAAACAGGAUAACUUGGCUGGAAUCAAUUGUCAGAUCAAGAUGUCCAGACGUAGACUUAUCCCAGGACGCGCCCUCGGAUAUCCAGAAAGAUUUGGAUGAUACCAUUCUUCAAGACACCACAACAGCAUCACCACCUGCGCGAACAAGCACCAUCGAUGUAUCUGAUACAAACCAGCCAGUAAGAUCUACAGGAGCUGGUGCGAUUACUCACGAGAUUGGAUUGGUGUCUCUUGGGACAAACCAAGACCCGAGAUACAUUGGUCCUUCGAGUGGUUAUUUCCUAGCCCGCGUCAUGCUCGAUUCAGUCUCAAAACAAGAUGAACGACUUGGUCGCGGGAGUAGAAAUACUCCAUUUCCUACAAAAUUGGUAGAAGCUAUUCAGGGACCUCUACCUUUACCACAACAAGACAUGGCGGCGCAAUUGUGUGAUGCCUACUUCAGCGCCAUCAAUCUACAGUACCCCAUUCUUCACCGUCCGACAUUCGAUACUAUGCUGGAACAGGCAUACGAACAAGAUAACCAAGACCCAGUUGUUAGAUUCCAGAUCUUCAUGGUUCUAGCCAUAGGCUCAGCUGUCUUAUCCGGUCGCAUCAGAGCUCGCAUCCCAGCAGAGUCAUACUGUCUCUCAGCACUCCAAUACCUCGACGAUUUAAAUCUCGAAAACUCUUUACAAGGGGCACAAUGUCUUUUAUUACUUUUAGUAUUUACCAUGCAUAGCCCUUCUGUUCGAUUGAACGUGUGGUAUUUAAACUACCACUGCAUCGCCGCUCUACUUGACCUCGGACUUCAGAGAAAUAUUAGCGCGGGGGUUGGCAUUUCGUUAUUGGAGCAAGAAAUGAGAGCGCGUAUCUUUUGGGUUAUUUAUACGUUUGAUCGUGUUAUUGCGACUAUGAUGGGGAGACCUAUUGGGAUAAGAGACGAGGGCUGUGAACUUCGAAUGCCUAUUGGGUUGUCUGAUGAUCAACUUGCUACACCGUAUCAACAGACUACGGAAACGUCGAGCGAAAUGGCGUUUGCUAUUCAUCUGUUUAAAUCUGCCAAGCUUAAUUCGGAGAUCAAGUAUAUCGCCCAGAGUAUAGUCAGAGACUCACCCAGAUAUGCAUAUCCGAGAGUUGUGGACAUCAACGAUUGGCAAACCACUAUGCUACAUCAACUAGAUGAGUGGGCAAGUCAGAUACCAAGCCAAGACAACCCUUCGGCUCUCUACUUGCGGACGACAUGUCAAAUACGAUACCAUGGUCUUCGAAUGCUUCUUCUAAGACCAAGUCCCGGUAUACCCAAACCCUCCAAUGAAGCUUUGGUACAGUGCCACAAAAGUGCGCGCGAGAGUAUACAAUUGUUUGACCAGCUUUACAAAAAGGACCUUCUCGUACAUAGCUGGACUACUUUCCACGGUCUUGUUCUGAGCACAAUCACUCUUUUGUAUUGCAUAAAAGUCGUCCCCGAUAUUGCUCGCGCAACGGAGAUGGACGUCUUGAUGACUGACAUGAGUAUAUCCCUCAGUGUACUUAGUGCAACGGGGGAACACUGGUCUGGGGCGAAGCGCAGUAGGGACAUUCUGGAUGAACUUGGCAAGUCGAUUAUUCGGCAUCUCAGUGAUCAAAAUGGUCUAUCGAAUGGUGUCAACAGUCGUUCAAUGUCCCAGGCCAUCAACCAUGGACCUGUUCCGACCGAAGCAAUUGACGUUCAAGGACUGGGUUUACCGGGCGCAUCCAUGGAUACAUCAAUGAUGAACACGGAUAGCAUGGGAUUUUUGCAAAAUCCGUUUGAUGAUUGCAUGUUUAACGAUUCAUUCGCUGGAUACUUUGAGGAGACGGAUUCCAUCAACGUGGAUAACAUUGUACGAGACUUGUUCCAGGACUUUAUCCCUACAUACUCUACCGAACUAUAG